UCGUGCGUGUGUACGGUCUCGUGUUAGCGCUUAUCGUGUGUCAUUCGUUCGAUCGGCCGCGAUUUUUCUGCAUAAUAUAAUUUCGUAAUAAUUAUAAUAAUUUUGGCAUAAAAAAACGUAUACUACCCCCGUGUUAUAACGAAAUGCUAAAACUACAUUUUGUGCGUAUGCUGUUCGGAUUAUGUUCAUACGUCAUUUCGUCCGACGCAAAAGCUGAAUAAUAAAUGGCUACUGUGGAAAUAUCGGCUUACGGGAGGCCACCGAGUCGUGGAGACAUGGCAACAAUAAUAGAUGGACGAAACAAACGGCUCAAAAUUGGAAAAACAAUUAGAAGAACAUCGCCAAUACCUGUUCUACCACCUAGAAUUCCUACACCUAUGCCAAAUCUACCGAAAGAUAGUUCCUCAAAACUAAAAAUUGCCAAAUACGAAAAGACAUAUCAAUCUUCUUUAGCGGCUCGUAUGCUACUAUUUACGACUGCAGAUUCUGAAAAAGAAAAUGGGAAACGUAUCGUAAAUAAGCAGCAGCAGCAGCCGCCGUUGUCGUCGUCUCCCGUCGCCGCCGCCGUCCCGUGCCACCGACGCCGCCGUGCAGAUGAGGAAGGGGAAGACCGGCACCGUCACCGGACCAGUGCCGUCGUCGUCCCGCCGCCGCCGAACGGAGGCGGUCGCAGUAGUGCCGCAAACCCGGAACAGUUCGCCCGCAGUCGGACGCACCGCAAGGACGACACGCACGCGUUGUACGCCGCCGCCGCCGCAAAGGCCGAAGACGAAGUACGACGUUUGACGCGCGGUCGCUUGCCUUUGCCGACGACGACGGACGUCGAAGCCGCUACAGCCACGGCUCUGGACUACCGCAGACGACGGUACGGUAUGUACGCCACGGCCGCCGUCACCGCGGACGACCGUUAUGGACACCGGUACGGCCUGUCAUCCGGCUUGACGACGCCGCAAGACCCGAAGACUUCGUCGGCCGCCGCAGCGUUCUUUUUGAGGGCGUCUCAAAAAUUGAAUCUAAAUGGUUCGCCUCAUCGCAGAAAAAGACGGGGAUCUCAAGGAGAAGAUGCUAUGACCACCCCGCACGGAUUCGCCAGCGGCCUGCACAAGCACGCGCCUCUUCUGCCAGCAUUGUUGCAGCGACGGAUUGCCGGCAAAGAACUUACUGGUGUGGGCAAGGUCAAAGUGAUUUUGAGAGUUACCAAAGGGGCCGACGAACAACCAGCGGCGACGGCUGAACCUGGUAACAACUUCAUGUCGGUGGACAAGAAGCACAGACAACUGACGCUAAUUGAUCCGAACGCACCUCCAGCUAGCGACGGUAGUCGGCGCGUGGGCGUCGCCGCUCCCAAAAUGUUCGCGUUCGACGCACUGUUCACGCAAGAAGACUCGCAGGUGGACGUGUGCAGUGCUACAUUGAUGGACGUCAUACAUGCUGUCAUUCAUGGAACCGAUGGAUCUGUAUUCUGUUUUGGCCACCAAAAUCUAGGUAAAACGUAUACAAUGAUCGGAUCGCCGGAAGACCCACAAACGUACGGGAUCAUACCAUGCGCCAUAUCGUGGCUUUUCAAAGGCAUACAGGAGCAGAAGGCGAGGACCGGUGCGCGUUUUUCAGUCCGUGUGUCCGCCGUAGAAGUGUCCGGACCCGCAAGUCCCGUUAAAGACCUGCUGGCCGGCCAAUCCAACGACGGCGAAGACAAUUUGCCAGGCCCUGGAGUGUACUUAAGGGGUGAGGACCCCGUGUUGGGCACACCGAUGCAACACUACAGCGAGUUGCGAGCGCAGACCAUAGAGAAAGCUGCGUACUAUUUGGACGUGGCGCUCAAUGUGCGGAAUUCCUCCCCAGAGUCACACAUGUUGUACACUUUAAACGUUUACCAAUACACCGUACCGACCGGUUCGUCUGCAGUUGCUGGAGGUCGAAGUCGGUUGCAUCUUUUGGAUUUAGGUAGUUGCGAAAGAAGCAAGUCUUCAGGCGGAUUGACACUUUCCGGUUUGGGAAACGUACUGCUGGCCAUAUUUAACGGUCAAAAACAUCUACCACACAGAGAACAAAAACUCACUCAACUCUUGAAAGAGUGUUUGAACUCGCUGACGUGCCACGCGGCAAUGGUCGCUCACGUAUCGCCAGCCGCUCAACAGUACACGGAAACUUUGUCCGCCGUACAGCUGGCUUCCCGGAUACAUCGGAUGCGCAGACGGCGGUUUAAGUUUGUCGGCGUGGCCAGCGGCUGCGGAACUUCUGGGGAUACCGAUCCAAAAAUUCAAAACGGCGUGGGGUCGACCGAAGUGGAACCUUCCAGCAGCGAACAGUCGGCCGACACGGUGAUCUACGUCGGGCCCAGCGAGGAGACGGACGGUGAACACCCUCCCGUCCAUAUACCCAGCCUGUCGGCGGUGGAAAACCGCUGUCACCCGUUGAACAAAUUGCUCCGGGAACCCGGACAGAGCAAGUCGACGCCGUCGUCGCCACAGCGGUCGGUGCCAAUCAGCACCGCGGCCAGAGCGCCCGCGGCCAAGGCGGCUGCCAAACCCAACGGCGUGUGCAGCGCACGGUCUUCGCCGGUUCGAAAUCCGCGGACUUCGUCGGUUCGGAAAGAGCGGCCCGAGGAGAGGUGGAUCGACGGGCCGCGCAUAUCCAAGAGCCGGGCGCACGGCGCCCGGGCGCUGUUGAUGUCGAAGAACGACGACGGGAAAACUACCGGCGAGACGUGGAUAGACGGGCCGAUGCACGGGGCCGGAAGCCAACACGCCAACGUUUACGGGUUCAUGGACUACCACAAGAAGAAUAUGAUAAAAAAAUGGGUGGAACAUCAAGUGUACCAGGUUACGGACAAACAGAACAGACACCGUGCGGCGGAGACCAAAGAGUACACGACGUUUAAAACGGACGAGUUGGGCCCCAGAGGGCGUGCCAGCGGUCAAGAAGAAAACGGCGACGACGAGCCCAAGUGCGAUCAGAUGUCCGUGGCCACCAGAUCGAUAAUCGAAAACAGCCACCAAGUCAGCAGAGUGGUAUCCAUUGAACGACUCCGUGGAUCAAAUUCUGACGAAUACAACGAAGAAGACGAAGAAAUCGAACUGGAAAUCGUCGAAGUCGAAGAACUCGACGAACCCGUUCCGACUCAAGACAGUUGCUUACAGGUGACGGAAGAGGACAUCGCGUUCUGUAUGGGAGAACUGGAAAAUCCGUUGCCAGAAGUCGAUCAGGAAGAACAUCCGUUGAGAAUACUCAGUCAAGAAAAUAUGACUGUGGUGUCUACAUUUACGGACUCACUGUCGGUCGCCAACGAUCUCGAUAGAGUGUUUUCGAGACCGGGUGGCAAUUCUUUUAGGCAAUUCAACCAUCACAGACUUCAGUCAGCGCCGCAACACGAACAAAAAUCGUCAAAAGAUCAAUUUCGAUACGAACAACUGUCUCGAUUACACGAGCUGUACAACGGCAAAGUUGGCGUACCCAAACACGUUCCUAACAAUUUCAACCACUCGUCCACGUUACCUACGCGCAUGCAAUCCGCCUCGCUGUCAGACGUUUUCAAAAACGGCACCACGGAAAGCCCGUCCAUGAAUAACGAUUUCACCCAUCCGUCGAACGAUUUUGAUAACAACAGCAUCGCCAGCGAACCCGCUUACUUGCUGAACGAUAAUAGUCAAUUUUGUCAUAACUGUCGAAUGAAUUUGACGAGCACCGAUGAUUUGACUAGUAACCUGUGGAUGCACUACGGAGAACUGCACACGCUCAGUCGUUUUCACUCGUUCAAACACGUUAGUAAAAAUAUAUCAAGCCUAAGACAUCCGGACGGCGCGUCCAAUCCAAAUUUACAGUCUGAAACGUGCCGGGAGCCCGGAAAUGGUGCCGAGGAAUCCAAGGAUAAGAAAAGUCAAGGCAGCGACGAAGGGGAUAUCGAAGAAGUACCGUACCCACCGCCUUUGCAAUCGGAACUCUUGUCGUUGAGCAGAGACGGGUUGGACAGCAAAACCCGAGUGCAAUCCGUGUUGAAUGGGUUCACGCCUUAUUCGGGCAGGUUAAACCACAAUUAUUCAUUGAACACCAACAACGGCAAGUCUCACGACCCAGGAGGGAACAACGGUCAUCGGUUGAAAAAUGACCACAACGUCUGGAACGGUGGUAGGACCCGGUUCGAAGACAUCAAACAGCUGAAGGAGUUCAACUUGACAAGCAACAAAUUGUUCAGCCAACGGUGGUUUACAGACAAACAAAACCCGAGAGCGAAGAAUCUGAACGAAACUGGCAACAGCAAUACUGCGGCCACCCAUCAGAACAGCAAGUGUGAUAGCUAGGAGACGGGAUGGCACGUGUACAGUCAAAUCAAUUUGAUACAAUAUAAUAUAGAAAAAGAGAUUUUUGUUCAUUUUUACUUUUUACAAAGUGUAGUAUAAUAAUAUUAUACAUCAUAUAUUAUUAUAUUAUUAUUAUUAUUAUUAUAUUAUAUGUGAACAGAGCAUAAUAUAAAUAAUAUUAGUACCUACUCGGAGUGAGUUUAAAAUUAUAUUCUUUACAUUUUACACGUUAUCAGAUUUUUUAUGGAUGUUAGACGCGUAAAAAGUAAAUACGUAUAGUGUAUACAUAUAUAAUAAAAAAUAUUAUAUUUUUAAUAAGCACGUAAACUGCUGUGCUGCCGCCGUCGACGACGAUGUUGUGCAUUCGAUUUGGGUCGUCACGCCGUACGACACGCGACGUUUCGUUACGAUUUUUUCAGAACCGAUAAAAAAAUGUUUAAAAAAAAACCCAAAACUCGCACGCACCGAGUAAGAUAUUCUACUAAUUAUUUAUUAUUAUUAUUAUUAUUAUUAUAUUAUAUUGAAUUAGACUCCUUAGAUAUUAUUUGUUUUUUCU